GGAAUCUGAACGCACCUAAAGAUGGCCGCCCGAUAUUUUUCCAACCACUCGCUAAAUACGGGAUUAGUAAUCUAGUUUAUAUAUAGAGAAGUCUGUGUUGAAAGAUUGUCCGAUUUACCUAAAAUCUUCUAGUAUAGAUACUAAUCAUAUAUUUUUUCCAACUAAUACAUAUACAUCAUGUUUUACCACAUUUCAUUGGAGCACGAGAUUUUGUUGCAUCCCCGAUAUUUUGGUCCUCAAUUACUAGAUACAGUAAAACAGAAACUUUAUACUGAAGUAGAAGGUACUUGCACAGGAAAAUAUGGUUUUGUCGUCGCUGUUACGACAAUUGAUAAUAUAGGAGCUGGUAUUAUACAACCUGGACAAGGCUUUGUAAUUUACCCAGUAAAAUAUAAAGCUAUUGUAUUCAGACCAUUUAAGGGUGAAGUAUUGGAUGCAAUUGUUACUCAAGUAAAUAAGGUCGGGAUGUUUGCUGAAAUAGGACCACUUUCAUGCUUCAUAUCUCAUCAUUCAAUUCCUGAAGAUAUGCAGUUCUGUCCAAAUGUGAACCCAGCUUGUUAUAAAUCAAAGGAAGAGGAUGUCAUUAUUCAAGCGGAUGACGAAAUCAGGCUAAAAAUUGUGGGCACGAGAGUUGAUGCUACAGGAAUUUUCGCUAUUGGAACGUUAAUGGAUGAUUAUCUCGGUCUCGUAUGCAACUAAUAUCUGCAUCUUUUAUAUUAUAUUUAUAAAAAAUUAUAUAAAUAUUUUAUAACAAAAAUUAAAUUGAUGUUCAAUUAUAUAUACCAUGUAUUCUAUGUGUAUGAGCAUUGAGCUCGCGCGCGCGUGUGUGUAUAUGCGUGUACGCAUAUGCACGCGUGCACAUGUGUAUAGCAUGUUAUAUGUAUUCAAUGGGAAAAUUUGUUUUUGGAAGGCAUAUUUUUCUACUGAAUACGGAAUCUAUUGUGAGAUUCAUCGAUGUAAAUGCUGAGUUUUCUUUUUUGACUUAAUUAUUUUUUAAUCGUACACACUAUAUUAUGUAUGCUUUUUACUAUUAUAGAGUUAUUUAUACGAGUUAUUUAUAUUUCGAUUUUACGUUUAUGUGUAAGCAUAGACAUGAUAAGAAUAAGCCGAGCGUGUCCAUAAUUUUAGUACCGAAAAUCGUAUAAAAAAAAAUAACUGAAAACGAAGACCUCGUAUCUCUUUCUCUCUCUCUGGAUUACACAAUAAAAGAAAGACGAAGAUAUGGCAUUCGCCUUUUCUCUUUUUACAUGAACUUCAGGUCUUAUACUUGGUUUAUUUUAUGUACGUAAGUCUGAAAAUUCUAUAAAUAACUCUAGUUAUAAUGGUGAUAUGUAACGCAGUGUGUAGACAUUUUUUCUGUUAGAUUUAUAUUAAUGUAAAACUAUUAUAAUCACAGUUUUGACAUGUCAUUCUUACUCCUUUGAAUAAACGAUAAAUAAUAGAGUAUA